AUGUCUCGUCGCCAAUCGCCUCCGGUCCCGGUCCCUCCGGCAGCUGCCAGAUUCGUGCCGCGCACUCGUCCGUUCCACAAACGGUACAGCGUUCAAACUCGUCAACUCGUCAACGUAAGAUUUCCUUGUUGCUCUUUGAACUUCAGCCGAUUCUGUUUGAGGUGGCCGCGGGAAGAUGCACCAAACCGGACGACUACGUCAUCGUCCGCUACUCGGGCCGCAUCGACAAAAUUGCGAGACUGGCUCACGACCUCAUGGACGACUUCGAGGUAGUCCGCAGAGCGUACGACUGCGGAGAGCACAUGAGCGGCCCGAUUAUGGUGAGAAGAAGGGAAAGAGGUAAUAAUGGGCGGAUGAUAUUCAGAAAAUGCGCAUCACGGUCGACAAGCUCCGCUACGAAUACACCGACUUCUUCCGCGAUUCCGCGUGGAAAAUCGACGACGCGGUGCAAGAGAGAAAAAACCUCUCAAAGGCCGGCUACUUCGAUCUGGAGCCUCUGAAGGACGAAAUCCUUGAGCUGCCGAACCAGACGCCGCCGGACUUUGACAAGAUUACGAGAAUGGUGCAGCUGCAGAUCGAGAGCGCCGAGACGGUCCUCUCGCACUAUCGCCGCACUUUCCCGAAUGCUCGCUCCAUCGCCGAGAGCCGCCAUGCACUGAUCGUCCAGGCAUCGCCAAUGAGACCAGCCGACACUGCUCUUUGA